AACAUUAGCUCUCGUUACUCCCUCGUAGUUGGGAGAGUUUCUUGGUUGUUGAUUAUUCCCCGGAUCGCAGCCGGGACGCGCCGCACGAAGCCAGGACGCACGACUGGUAUGAUGGAUAGAUAGCAGAAGGAGGAAGAGAAGAUGUCUUUCUUUGGCCUGGACUGUGUCAGGAAGAAAGAGAUAGAGCUGGAGAGGAAACUCCGUGCCAACGACAGAGAAUACAACCUGUCCUUUAAAUAUGCAACAAAUGCCAUCAAGACCUCCAAGUACAACCUGUUCACCUUCCUACCUCUCAACCUGUUUGAGCAAUUCCAGAGGAUCGCAAACGCCUACUUCCUUUUUCUGCUGGUGCUCCAGGUGAUUCCUCAGAUCUCCUCCCUGUCCUGGUUCACCACUGUUGUGCCUCUGGUCCUCGUGCUAUCAGUCACUGCUGCUAAGGAUGCCACUGACGACAUUAACCGUCACAGGAGCGACAAUCAAGUCAACAACAGAAAAGCUCAAGUCCUCAUCGAUAGAAAACUACGCAGCGAGAAAUGGAUGGACGUUCAGGUGGGAGACAUCAUCAAGCUGGAAAACAACCAGUUUGUCACUGCCGAUCUGCUUUUGCUCUCCAGCAGUGAACCACUCAACCUGGUUUACAUCGAGACAGCAGAGCUGGAUGGAGAAACUAACCUGAAGGUGAAGCAGGCCCUGCCGGUCACGGGAGACCUUGGAGAAGACAUUGAAAAACUGGCAGACUUCAACGGCGAGGUACGCUGUGAACCCCCCAACAACCGGCUCGACCGCUUCAUGGGAACACUGACGUUUGCCGGUCAGAAAUACCCGCUGGACAACGAGAAGAUCCUGCUGAGAGGCUGCACCCUGAGGAACACCGAGUGGUGCUUUGGGCUGGUGCUGUUUGGAGGUCCAGAGACAAAGCUAAUGCAGAACUGUGGGAAGAGCACAUUCAAGAGGACCAGUAUAGACCGUCUGAUGAAUGUCCUUGUCCUCUGUAUUUUUGGUUUCCUGGCCUUCAUGUGCACCAUCCUGGCGAUAGGAAACUGGAUCUGGGAGUUGAACGAGGGCUCACAGUUCAUGGUCUUCCUGCCGAGGCAAGACGGCAACGAUGCUGCUUUCUCUGCCUUCCUCACAUUCUGGUCCUACGUCAUCAUCCUCAACACCGUGGUGCCCAUCUCUCUCUAUGUUAGUGUGGAGUUCAUCCGGCUGGGGAACAGCUUCUACAUCGACUGGGACAGGAAGAUGUACUACGCUCGCAGUGACACCCCCGCUGAGGCUCGGACCACCACCUUGAACGAGGAGCUGGGCCAAAUCAAGUAUGUCUUCAGCGACAAAACGGGGACGCUCACUCAGAAUAUCAUGACAUUCAACAAGUGCUCCAUCAACGGCAAAUCCUUCGGAGAUGUGUAUGAUUGCACCGGCCAAAGGCUAGAAAUCACUGAGCAUACAGAGAGGGUGGACUUCUCCUUCAACUCUCUGGCUGAUCCCCGCUUCAUAUUCCACGACCACGCCCUGGUGGAGGCGGUGAAGCUGGAGAACCCAGAGGUGCACUCCUUCUUCAGACUGCUGGCCCUCUGCCACACCGUCAUGGCUGAGGAGAAGAAAGAAGGUGAGCUCUUCUACCAGGCACAGUCUCCAGACGAGGGAGCUUUGGUAACAGCAGCCAGAAACUUUGGUUUUGUCUUCCGCUCACGUACACCGGACAGCGUUUCCAUUGUAGAAAUGGGACAGCAGCGUAGCUACGAACUCCUGGCCAUCCUGGACUUCAACAACGUCCGCAAGAGGAUGUCAGUCAUAGUUCGGACUCCAGAGGGGAAGCUCUCUCUCUACUGUAAAGGUGCAGACACGAUCAUCUACGAGAGGCUGCAUCAGUCCUGCAGCAAGCUGAUGGACGUCACUACAGAGCACCUUAACGAGUUUGCAGGGGAGGGUCUGCGGACGCUGGCGCUGGCCUAUAAGGAUCUGGAUGAGGAGUAUUUCAACCAGUGGCAACAGCGCCACCACGAGGCCAGCACUGCGCUGGACGACCGGGAGAGCAAACUGGACCAGCUGUACGAGGAGAUUGAGAAGGACCUGCUGCUGCUCGGAGCAACAGCCAUAGAAGACAAGUUACAGGACGGAGUACCUCAGACCAUCGAGCUGCUGUCCAAGGCUGACAUCAAAAUCUGGGUUUUGACCGGUGACAAGCAAGAAACGGCAGAAAACAUCGGUUACUCAUGCAACUUACUGCGAGAGGAGAUGACUGAGGUCUUCAUCAUCUCAGGCAACACACCCGAGGACGUCAGAGAGGAACUGAGAAAUGCCAGAACCUCCAUGAAACCAGACGCAGUGGAUUCAAUGUUUUUCCCGCAGAAGACGCUGGUUAACGGUGUGAAAGCGAUCACAGACGAGGUGGUGAAUGGAGAGUACGGCCUGGUCAUCAACGGCCACAGUCUGGCCUACGCCCUGGAGCGCAGCGUGGAGGUGGAGUUCCUGAGGACAGCGUGCAUGUGUAAAGCAGUGAUCUGCUGCAGGGUCACUCCUCUGCAGAAGGCUCAGGUGGUCGAGCUGGUCAAAAAGUACAAGCAGGUGGUCACACUGGCCAUCGGAGAUGGAGCCAACGACGUCAGCAUGAUCAAAGCGGCUCAUAUAGGUGUGGGCAUCUCUGGUCAGGAGGGCAUGCAGGCCGUGCUGUCCAGCGACUACUCCUUCGCCCAGUUCCGCUUCCUGCAGUACCUCCUGCUGGUGCACGGCCGCUGGUCCUACCUGCGCAUGUGCAAGUUCCUGCGCUACUUCUUCUACAAGAACUUCACCUUCACCUUCGUCCACUUCUGGUACGCCUUCUUCUGCGGCUUCUCUGCACAGACGGUGUAUGAUGAGUGGUUCAUAACACUGUACAAUCUGGUGUACACAGCACUACCUGUACUGGGAAUGAGUCUGUUUGACCAGGAUGUGAACUGCAAGUACAGUUUCCAGCAUCCUCAGCUCUACAUCCCCGGUCAACUCAACCUGUACUUCAGCAAGACGGCCUUCUUCAAGUGCGCCCUCCACAGCUGCUACAGCUCUCUGGUGCUCUUCUUCAUCCCCUACGCAGCCAUGCAAGACACGGUGAGGGACGACGGCAAGGACGUCGCCGACUACCAGUCCUUCGCCCUCCUAACCCAGACGUGUCUGCUGUUUGCCGUCAGCAUCCAGUUGGGGUUUGAGAUGUCGUACUGGACGGCGGUCAACACUUUCUUCGUUCUGGGCAGCCUGGCCAUGUACUUUGCUGUCACAUUCACCAUGUACAGUAACGGCAUGUUUCUCAUGUUGCCAUCAGCCUUUUCUUUCAUAGGAACAGCCCGAAACUCUCUGAACCAGCCGAACGUUUGGCUGACGAUCCUCCUCACCUCCACUCUGUGUGUCCUUCCCGUGGUUACCUACCGCUUCCUGUUGAUUCAGCUCUGCCCCACCAUCAAUGACAAGGUGAUGUUCAAGGUGAGACGGACCAAACCAGCACCUUCCCCUCCCGCUCGACGCACCCGUAUCCGCCGCACCAGCUCCCGCCGUUCGGGCUACGCCUUCUCGCACGCGCAGGGCUAUGGUGACCUGGUGACGUCCGGCCGGUUCCUGCGGCGUCCUGCUGUGUCGCGAUCUUCAGCUUUUACCAACGCGGGCCGCACCACCAUGGGCUUCAGUCCCAUGGGACGAUCGGCCGGAUACAGCCCGACGGGACGCCCCCAGGCCGCCAAGGUCGAGGAUGUGGAGGGGAUGUCUCUUCAGAUGUACAGGACUAUCAAAGAUUCCACCCUCUGACAGACAGGAAGAACACGCUAACUGGAAAGCUGAAUGACACAGGCAGUCAGAGGUGUUUAAAGCUCACUUUUGUACAUUUGUUAGCAUGAAGAACUCACUCGGGCUCUCCACAGAACUUCAUGUCAACGAAUUUUCAAAAUCCGUCCCUCAUCUACACAGUCACCCAAGACGUGUUCUGAAGAGCAUGUGACUUUUGCUCUGAGCAUUUUAUUUUGUAGGAGUUUAUCAAAGGGAACUGCAGCAAAAUGUGUAGCUGCCUCUGAUGGGUGCGAGGAAGACUUUCCUUAGAUCAUGAGUGUUCAUGUCAAACAUCCUCAUGCAGAGUGAAGAGAUGAGAGACUGAUGAACGAAGUGUUUCUGACACUAGAAACAGUAACGGUGUGAUUCAUCUUCCAGUAGGAACAACCACAGAAGGGAAAGGAAACAUGUUCAUGCUUCAUGAGAAGGAGAAAAUCAUGUUUACAGACUACCAGGACUUUUGUUGACCCUGGGAGUCCAGAUGCACAGCAGGGCUUUGUACAGAGGAAUCAACCAGCAAAGCCAUGUUGCAUAAGAUAUUUUAAUUUUUGUACCUUAAGCAUCUUUUAUUUUCCUAUCUUAAAGGCUGUGUUAGCAGUUAGCACUUUGGCAGCGUCACACGGCGAUGGGAGAUGUUUGAAAGAUCAUAAACAUCUUUCUUCUCAGUGAAGAAGAAAAACAGAAAAAAAAAAAAAUUGCAGCAGGAUUCAGCAUCUUCAAAAGACAGGGAUAUUUAAAUCAUAAGCAUCAGUGCCACUGAGUAAUGAGACAUACUUUAUAUUUUAAGGGUUUAUAAGUUGUAAGUAAUAGUUUUAUUAUCGAUCAGAAAAUGAAGGAUUAUUGUUUAACAGAAAAUUUACAAAACAUUAAUUUUUGAUCAUCAGUUUGCAAAAACCUUCGUUUGUGGAUGUUUAUCCUUCUCUUGUGUAACUUUUAAAUAGCUCUUCAAAGCAUCUUGAUAGGUUAUUGGUGAUUGGUUUUGACCUCCUAAGGGAUCACAAAUAAAUCUGGGCUGGUCAAGAGGAAGGAAAAAACAUAUUUCUGCUACAAGAAUCAUGUUUGUUUUAUUUCUGACCUCUCAUUAAAAUGUGAAAUACUGAGUAGUUUUCUUCUCCAGGCCCCUAAAAACGAAUCAAAUGAAGCAGUCUGGGAACUUUGUCUUUGUUUGAACUACUCCCAACUCAUGACCAUGGAAAUAACAACAAAUACUUAUGCUACUAGUAAAAUUUAAUGUAUUGACAAGGUUAUUUUGCAUAAAAUUUGUCUUAGUUAACUAGUAAACAAUUUAUAAAGUAUUCCUUAUUACAAAGUGGCACCAAAUCUUCUGCAGGAUGAAAUCUAACCUGUGCCUUGGUGUUAAAGUCAAGGGUUUACAUUCUGAGUUGCUCUCCAAUAAAAGCAACUGAGAGUCUAAAAGGCCGUAUUCCAGCCGGCUGUAUUACAUGUGGAGGUAUCAUGUUUUCAUCAUGUUUAGAUCUAAUUAUUAUAGUUCAAUAUUUUCACCAGAAAAUCCCUCAAAUGCACCUCGAGAUCUGAUUUAUCGUCUGUGGCUGCUGAGCAAACUACAAAAGAAAAAUUCACAUUUUCCCCCCAUAAAACAGCAGGAGAGGUGAACUGCGCGGCUGUGGAGGAACUAAUUUGUAGUACACACCUGUUCAGGUUGUUCACCUUAACAUCAAUCACUCAACAUCUACCCGUGAUCUACCCCACACACUACAGAGUUGACUGCAUGGUCCUUUUAAUCCAUUCAGAGACACAUUAGGAUUCAUAUUCAUCCACAUGUCUGUCAGAGCCGACCACUGGUGAUCAGAUCACACGGGACGCAUUUUAGUGCCAAGUCUGAAAAACACUGCUUAGGUGAUUUAUACCUCAUUUUAGAAUCAGUCUAUCAGAUAUUGCAUCACAUCAUGUAUUUGCUUUUGCUGUUUCCGUAGGUGUGACAGUCAGCUCUGUGGUUAGCAGUGUUUCUAACCAAACAUGUAAAAACACAGAAUGUUUUCACUGUUCUUUCAGCUGACUGAAAACAUGAGCUAACUUAAAAGAAAACACAGAAGGUGCCUUAAUAUUGAAAGAAAAAGAAAUGAAACAAUAAUGGCAAGAAUGUAUGAUGGAAGAUAAGUGUGUUAAAAAUAACAGGUUUUAUGCAACACAGUCAAGGACAAGCAUUCAUUUUCAGGAAACAAUUUUAUUUUUAUACAGUCAGGUUUAUUUUUAGUGAUAACAGCUGGACAGCUGCCACUUUAAUUUAUUAUUUGGUGUGUGAAGGUUUAUAGAAUAGUCCAAAUUAAAUUUUAUUAUUUGCAAAAUAAUUGAUAGUUGCCCAUAUUUUUUAUGCAAUUACUGGUUACUACAAUUCAGUUUAAACUGUUAAACAGCUGAUGGAUGUCUUGACAUUGUAAACCUGUUAAAGCAGCUUUAAUGUUUUGUGUUUGUGAACAUCUGUUACCACAGUGUGACUGAGACAGAAUUGAAUGCACUAACUCUAACCCUGCUGGUGAACCAAUGAUUUUUUAAGGCUUUGUGCGUCAACACAUUUCAAUAUUUACUCUGAAGUGUUCUUCAUGGAAAUAUUUCAGAGUCUGGAUAUGCAGAAGAAACAUUUGUUGCAUGUUUGUAAAAGAUGUUGGAUGUCAGAUGUUACCAGUUUCAUUACACAGGGGCCCAUUUCAUUGUGAGCACUGCUUACACACAGUUCACAGAUUGCGAGGGCUCCACAUUUACAGCUGCACAGCAGCGGAUAAAUAUGCAAAUCAUACAGCGCUCUUAUAUGCUCAUGUGAGGGUUAGAAGAACGUCAUUCAUUUUGAUUAGUCAAACAUCAAAAUGUGCAAGAGAAAAUGAUCUCAUGAUGCAGAUGUGCUGAAACAACCCCUUCAAUCACACCCAGUAGAGCUCUGUGUGCAGUAUUAAUGCAGUAUAAAUGAAUUCAGAGAGGCCACUACAAGGUCAAAUCAUGCAUUGCAAGUAUUUUUUCCAAUAUUACUGUGGUACUUUCCAAAAUAAAUUGCAGCCAUAAAGAUAACUUUAAAUGUUUUGAUGUUUAUCAAUAUAUUCCUAUCAUUAUAUCUCCUGCCCUGAAGACUGAAACUGUAACUUGACCAUUUCUCAAACAUGACAAAAAAAUCGAAUGAUUUUUGAACUGCUCUUCCUCAUAACCAUUUUGUAUAAUUUUGUACUUUAAAAAGUUUAUACUGCAAUAAAAAAGAUCAAGAUGACGUGUCC